AUGAUGGAUGAUUCCUUGCAACAAUUACUUGAUGCCGCUGAACCAGAGUUCCCAACGCAAAAUGCAAUCAUCCUGUCCACCACAACCGUGGGAUCAGGCUCCGAUAGCGCUGCUGAGCUCAACCAUAGCAAAUUAGAGGCUGCCAUGACCCGACGGCGUCCGGCUCCCAGAGGCACAGCAGCCUAUCCGCGCAAGCGGGCAAACCGCGCGUGUCAGGUGUGCAGAGCCCGAAGAACGAAAUGCGAUAACAAGAAGCCGUCGUGUUCGUUCUGCGAGAAAGUGGGUGCUAAGUGUAUCACGAGUCCGACGGACCUGUCGUCCUUUGAUCCUGCGAGCCUCGCCAUCUUGGAUCGCCUCGAGCAGCUGGAGAAAUUGAUCCGGGAGAAGCCGUUGGAAGUGAAUGUGCAUCCAGCACCACCGUCAGUUGAACAAUCAGCUUUAAGCUAUGGUUCACCACCUCCCGACCUCCAAUUCGGACCGGAUCUCAGUACAGUCACCAUUGAGACCGUGCUGGCCUGGGAUGUAUUUCAAGGCCGCUUCGAUCACCAGUUGGACAUCAAAUCAGUCCUCAAGAAUUAUGAAAUGCCACCUUCGCCGAUGACUUCUCCUGUCGGUGAAGCCAUUCCAUUGAUCAACAGUUUAGAGCUCGGAUCCUGCAAUAGGCUGCUCGAUAGCUUCUUGAGCCGUGUGCACAUUGCCAAUCCGAUUCUAGAUGUUGAGUUGAUACGUAGCUAUGUGAACAAUGCCUGUUUGCAUGGCGUUGGUUGGGACGCUCAAUCAUGCCUAGUGCUCCUUGUAUGCGCUCUAGGCUCUAUUGCCGAAGCAUUCCACGGCCUCCACCCACACACAUCUCUCAUGACGAGAAACAGCCCUAGCUUCGGAUUGGCCAAAGUCUUCUUCGAAGCUUCACAGAAACGUAUUGGAUUACUAAUGCGUGGCAGCGGAGUCCUUGAAGCCCAAUGUUUCUUCUACUCUGGUGUUUAUCUAAUGACUAUACAACAGCCCAUGGAUGCAUGGAGACAUUUCGUCCAAGCUGCUGCAAUCUCACAGGGGUUUGACUUUCUGAGGAGAUCCCUCACUGCCGACAUGUUGAUCGGCGACAGUUUGCAGCGGGAGCGAGCUUCACAAGAGAGCAUUUAUUGGACUUGUUUCAAGUCAGAGCUCGAAGUUCGAAUGGAACUAUCGUUACCAGGUUUCGGAUUACAGGAUCUAUCGUAUCCCAGUUCGUUCCCUAGUCCACCACUAGACGACCUGGGAGACGACUCCGCACGAGCCUGGUAUUAUUAUCUUGCAGAAAUUGCAUUACGUCGGUUAGCAAACCGCAUUUUAUACAACCUAUUCCGUCACCAAGACAAAGGUCGCUUUCCACGGAUCGUAGAUAUGGUCGAAAUGACCUCAGCAUUCGAAUCACAAGCCAUCGACUGGAUGGCCUCACUCCCCCCAAUCUUCUCCCUCCAAACGCCCGAAGAACAAGACGACGUCCUCAAAUUCGUUCUUCGUGGCCACCUCCUCGACUGCUAUGAAUGGAUCUAUUUUCCCUUCAUGGCUGAAACCAUCAACUACGGACGCCGCGACCCGAUACUCGACGAAUACACCCGCAAAGGUCUACAAAUGUGUGCCGAGCGCAUCCGCAAAAAUGAGCCUGGGUUCCAGCACCGACAUCACGGCGCAUGGCUAAUGUUGCGGACGUGCACGCGAAGCGCGCUGAUCUUGUUGGCGGCUUGUCAUAGCCAAAUGGUGCAAGACCUGAUGCCGCAGGGAUGGAAGGAAGCUGUCCUCAGCGCAAUGAACAUGUUGCGGUUUUGGGAAGAUGAGGUUGGUGAUGCACAAGAUCGGCUGCAGAUUCUGACUGUCUUGAUGGCAGAGGUGAGCUGCGACUUUGAGGAGGAGACCUCAAUGCAAAAAUUUAAACGCCGUCUUAAGGAAGAACCAUUGAUCCCACUCGGCUGCGCCGCAACAUGCUACGCCCUCUACCGCGCCUACCGCUCCGGCAAAGCCAAAGACUCCAUCGAAAUGAAUCGAAUGUUCCGCGCCCGCAUCUACGCGCAAUUCUUUACGCUGCUAGCCGUCGUCGCGGGCGGAAUGUACUACAAGACAGAGCGCAAGCAGCGCCGCGAAUUCGAGAAAAAGGUCGAAGAACGAAAGUCGCAGGAGAAGAGGGAUGCGUGGUUGAGAGAGUUGGAGGCGAGAGAUAAGGAGGAUAAGGGAUGGAGGGAGAGGCAUGCUGCUGUUUCGGAGGCGGCGAAUCAGGGUGCUGUCACGAAGGAGUCGGCGGUGACGGCGAAGAAGGAGAAGAAGGAGAAGAAGAAGGAGGAAGACAAGGAGACUGCGGUAGAUAAGAAUGUGAAUCAAGCGCCAACGGAGGAAGGGGAUGAGAAGAGGGGGGCAGGAAUACUGGAUGCUGUCAAGGCGUUGGUGCAGGGGAAGAAUGAUUAA